AAUAAGCAAAAUGGGAACCAAACUUAAAAUCGGAGCAUAUGAAAGCAGGACUGAAUGAAGACAGCGCCAUCUUCGGGAAGAGCGGAGCGGAGUCUUGUUUCCUCGCAGCUCUCUAUUGCCGUAUUGAAAAGGCAAAAAAUCAAUUUGAAACGCAACAAAUUUCUGGUCUGCCGAGGUGAACACGGUCAAAUGUUUCUUUUCCCUUUGUUUAUUUUUAUUUUUUUGGUUUAACUAACUCCAAACUUCUAUCAUCUCAAGUCCGGUCAAACCAGAGUAGAUUGGUCGCAACCCUUCAAGCCGCCGGCGCCGCCGUAUGUGGAGGAGGGUUCUUUUUGUGACUCUAUUCCAACCUUUUCGUAUGCCUACCCUUCUUUUUAUUUCUUAAAUACCCAAACGUUUUAGCCAAAAAGUAAAUUUCAUCCGAAUUCUUUUCUUUAAUUGUGGCAGAAGCUCUUGUUUGCUUAGAAAUUUCCAGAUCUUAGGGGUUUUAAUUUCUGGGUAUUCAUUUCUUGAGUAAAAGGGUCUAUCUUGGACGGCCAGAUCUCAAAUUCAAGAAUUUGAAUAUCUCAAGGAAAACCCAAGCUGGGUUUUCAAUCUUGAAUCCUGAAAAGCUCAAAGAUUUCAACUUUUUUUUGUGUGUGUGAUUGGGUGGAAAAAAAAUGGGAGAUGAUUCUAACGUAAGUGGAAAUUUAGAGGAUUCGUCAAGUAUGGUUGAGCUGACAGGGAAGAUAAUGGUGGCAGCAAUCAUUUGUCUGUUCUUCGUGCUGGUAUUUGUCUUCCUCCUCCACCUCUACGCCAAAUGGUUCUGGUACCGCCGCCCAGACAGCACUAGGAGGAGGCGGCGCUUUGAAUUCGUGCCGGGUCAUCAAGAACUCACCGCAACCUCUGCACUUCGCAGGGGUCUUGAUCCAUCUGCGCUGAAAACCAUACCUGUUGUUGAAUUCAGCACAAAGGACUUCAAAGAUGGCUUGGAAUGCGCAGUCUGCUUGUGUGAAGUCUCAGAUGGAGAAAAGGCCAGACUUUUGCCCAAAUGCAACCAUGGGUUUCAUGUGGAGUGCAUUGACAUGUGGUUCCAAUCCCAUUCCACUUGCCCGUUAUGCCGAAACCCAAUUCCCAAUCCUACCCCUGCAGAAUCCGCAUCGGACGAAAGUCUAGUUUCCAGCGAAACGCCUAAUUUCCCCACUAAUGUGUUGUUUUGGGGAGAUGAUACUCAAGUCAGUACUUUAGGGACUGGUUUGGAUGAACAGCCUCAACAAGGCCCUAUUUCUUCUUCUGCUCAAUCGUCCUGCCCCUCGUCGUCCUCAUUGACAGGGAACGCGAUGGAGGGCAUGUUGGUAAUUGACAUCCCUAGGCAUGCUGCUGAAGAUGAUCAAGAACAGAAAUCUCCCAUGACCACAAGAUUGAGGUCAUUGAAGAGGCUUUUGAGCAGGGAAAAUCGGGUAAGUCCUCGAAGCAAUGUAGAUGUAGAACAAGGAGGGAGAAGCCAAUGCUAGGAGUGUAAACCUAUGCUCUCUGGUCAUCUCAUUUGUUCUAUGUGUGUUUCAUGAUUUUUUUAAUGCAGAAUUUUAAAAAAAUGAAACUUUGGUUACUCAUCUUGUAUAUAUAAAGUUAGAGUGCAUAAAGUUAAAUGUAUGUAAUAUAUAAUAGUUGUAGCUUCUCUAUUGAGAGUGGGAUGCAAUCCCUCACCUCAUACAGAAGAGUGUUUUUUUGUUCUUAAUUUUCAUGGACAAACUUUUGUUGAUUUGAAGUCUCAUUCAUCAAGCAUCAAAGCAUAUGGUACAUGUUUAUAUGAUCCCAUGAUUCUCAUGUUC